AUGUCUGGCAUCACUGUCGCACAUCUUCUCAGUAGCAUCUUUUGCUUCUUUCUUCUAAGCCCCCUGGCUGCGGCCAGUGAGGCCCCGACUCUGGUCGCUCGAGAUGACGGUCCCAUUUGCUCAACUUACAUUGUUGCUGGUGGAGACACGUGUGCCAAGAUCGCUCAGGCUCAUGGGAUCACAGAGAAAAACAUUGAAGACUUCAAUGCUCGCACCUGGGCAUGGCGUGGCUGUGGUGAGCUCGAGCAGGGCGCAUUCAUCUGCGUUGCUGCAGGUGAGCCUCCCAUGCCGGUAGCUCUUCCGCAGGCAACUUGUGGCCCUCAGGUUCCUGGUACCGUCCGUCCUCACAAAUACUCUGACUUGGGAGGAAUGAACCCUUGCCCAAACAAACAAUGUUGCGGAAGAUGGGGAACUUGCGGCACCACAGCCGAAUUUUGCAGCUCAGCAAAUCACUGCAUUUCCAACUGCAAUAAGCAAGCUGGGACUCAGCCUGCAACGCCACCACCUGCUAUAACUGAAAAGCCCAAGGCUCCUCCUUCUCCUCCUCCACCACCACCAUCCGCAAAGUCCGCCGAGUCCACCAAGACGACCCAUCCGCCGACCAAGACGACUACCCAUUCAACCAAGACCACCAAGUCCGUGUCCCUGCGCACAUCCACCAGCACCAAAUGGGUGACCGUCACUGCGAAGCCUCCAGAGCCAAGCCACCCGCACUGGGAGUUGACCUUGUACAGCGAGCAGGAUUGCCAAGGCGACUAUUAUCUCGUGAAGGGAAGCAGCACCCGUCUGGACAAAUGUUUCACACUGCAUUCACACAUGCAGUCCCAGGAUUCAGAGGCUGACUUUUAUUGUCGGUGGUACUAUGAUGGUGGUUUCAAUUGGACUAGCUGCGACAACAGUCCCAUGAAACGACCCACGUCAUGGUUCUUGAAUAUCGGUGCGUGCACUGUCUAUCCGGAUGACCAUUGUGGUGAUUACUCUGGGCACAUCAGCAGAGGUCCUGUCAAACCAUUCUGUCAAAGUAUAAAUACGAUGGCCACAGAGCCAGACACCGAUUUUGGAUCUUUGCAGUGUGAAAGUGGGACGUGA